UCCUAAAUGUAUUUAUAAUCUUCACCAAAAGAGUAAGGCUGAAGAACAGUUUGCAGACAACAUAGAGGAGAAUCACCAUAGCUUCUUUGUCUUUUUUACUCUUGUCACAUCAAUUUGUGAAAGGGUGGCAGAGAAACCAUGGCUAUGGCGGAGAUGGCAAUGAAGUCCUCAGUAACUGCAAAACUCACUAUUCUUUCUUCUUCUUCUUCUUCUUCGUCUUGUAAAAAGAGAGAGAGACAAAUCUCUGUCGCACUUCCAACAUCAACCUCAAUCUCUCUGUUAUCUCUCUUCGCAUCUCCUCCUCAUGAAGCCAAAGCUGCUGUUUCCAUUGCCAAGGACCAAAUCGUCUCCUCUCUCACUGAAGUGGAGAAAACAAUCAACCAGGUUCAAGAAACUGGUUCGAGUGUUUUCGACGCAACGCAGCGUGUUUUUCAAGUGGUAGGAGAUGCUCUUAAACCAGCCUUGGACACUGCUUUGCCCAUCGCAAAGCAAGCCGGUGAAGAGGCUUUAAAGCUUGCUUCUCCUGCUUUCUCAGAGGCUUCAAAGAAAGCUCAAGAAGCAAUGCAAAGCUCUGGUAUUGAUGCAGAGCCUGUCUAUAAUGCUGCAAAGACAGUAACAGAUGUGGCACAACAGACAACAAAGGCGAUUGAAGAUGCUAAGCCGAUUGCUUCAUCGACCAUGGAGACGAUUUCUUCGGCUGAUCCUAGUGUCAUUGUUGUUGCUGCUGGAGCGGCGUUUAUUGCUUACCUUCUCCUUCCUCCUGUUUGGUCUGCCAUAUCUUUCAACUUUCGUGGUUACAAAGGUGAUCUCUCGCCGGCUCAAACGCUUGAUCUUCUCUGUGCCAAGAACUACUUAAUGGUGGAUAUAAGAUCAGAGAAAGACAAGGAAAAAGCUGGGAUUCCUCGUCUCCCUUCAAAUGCUAAGAACCGUAUGAUCGCCAUUCCAUUAGAAGAACUACCGAACAAAGUAAAAGGAAUCGUCAGGAACUCAAAAAGAGUUGAAGCAGAAAUUGCAGCAUUAAAGAUUUCUUACCUCAAAAAAAUCAACAAAGGCUCAAAUAUCAUCAUCAUGGACUCGUACUCGGAUUCAGCUAAAAUAGUGGCGAAAACGUUAAAGAUACUCGGGUUUAAGAAUUGCUGGAUUGUGACGGAUGGAUUCUCCGGUGGCAGAGGAUGGUUGCAGAGCCGGUUAGGCACUGAUUCUUACAACUUCUCGUUCGCUCAGGUCUUGUCUCCAUCUCGGAUUAUCCCGGCAGCUUCUAGAAGCUUCGGUACCAGAUCCGGGACCAAGUUCCUUCCUGGCUCCGACUGAUGCAAGAGGAUCAUCAUAUAACAAUAUUAUAGCUAAAAAAAGUGUUGCUUUUCUAUUCCUUUUUAUCUCUCAAUUCUGAGAGAUCUUUUGAUAUGAUUUUCCGAAUUAUUAUUUCUCUUUCACAUUGAUGAUUUGGAAGUGAACCCAA